CUGUAUGAAUCGCCAGUCACACCGUGCGAUUUUGCGUGCAGAACGUUACGCAAAUCGAAUUAGGAAAAUUUGGAAAAAUGCCGAAAAACGUACCGCACUCUAGCACGUCAGCCGAGGAUUCGAACUGUUUUCUUCAGCGCGCGGCGCGCACGCGCUCCCGAUGACUCGCGUUCUGAUUGGUCAUUGCCGUGGCAACCGAUGUAAACAUUGCGCGCCAUUUUUCCCGGCAGCUGUGAUCUGUGAUAGGAAGCACAUCCGCUCUGCAGAUUCGCGAUGAGGGAGAUCUUCCUCUCCCGCCGUCAUCAUCGUCGUCGCGUUUCGUGUCUCGGAUUUGCUUGAUCGAAACGUCACAUUUCACUCACGGUGUACAAAAGACACGAAUUUAGAAAUUCCCACUCAGGUUUUAGCCGAAUUAAAAACUUUGCGUUCAAAAGCAAGUUCAAAGUUGGCACGGUCCAAACACGUGCGUUUCUUUCGAAAAAAAAACGAACAAUCCGAAAUGAUAAUUUAAUGCGUCAUUCCAACGCCAUUUGUGUAACGAUCUUAGAUUUGUCUUUCUCCUUUAGCGCCUGUUUCGUGUGGAAGUAGACGUAUAGGUUAGGUCGUGACAGCAACUGACAGAAAAAAAUGCUCAAGAUACUGUCACUUCAUGACUUCGAGGGUCCCGCUUUUGGCGACACUGCCGCCGUGGGUUUAAUCGAGGGCAUCGUUCAUUACUGCGCUUAUGAUUUGCUGCAGGAUGAGAUACAGCCCUUUGCCAAGUACCUACGUGGAUAUCCCGAGGUUUCUGUCACGCAGGAGAUCCUGGCUACUCGCGAAUCUGCACGUGCAAUUAGUGCCGGGGAGUUGUUUCUUCCAGUUCACGACAGCGUCUUCAAAAAGGUCGCCAACAUAUGGAGGGAGAGAGGAUUAUCUGAAGCGAUUCGCUUUGCUGCAGCUGCAGACCCAAAUCAGAUCACCAAUGUUGUCCACUGGGUAGCAACAAGAUUGAAUUGGAUGUUGGAUUUAAUGGAAAGAGGAAUAUAUCACAGAGACGUGUUGCCGAUGUCAGGAAAUGGAUCUGUUGCUGAUAUUGUCGCUACGCGAGAGUGGAAUAUAUCAUUGGUGAGGUGUUUGUCCUGGCAUCCACAUUGCGCUCGCCUGGCUGUGGCUAUGAGAGAUGAUCGAAUUCGUAUUUUUUCACAAGGCCUAUUAGGUGUUCCAGUACUGAGACAUAGCGCACAAAAAUCAGUUUCCUGUUUAAAUUGGAGACCACACGCUGGUCGUGAAUUAGCAGUUGCAUGUUACUCUGGAGUAUUAAUAUGGACAAUAGAAUUAGGAGCAGCCAGUAAUUUACUUAGUCAUGCGAUACUUUUGAAACGAAGAAAUCACGUACCCGUUACAAGCGUCAUAUGGCAUCCACAGGGUGAUUUGUUGGCAUCUUGUUCACCAACGGAUUUAAAUAUAAUAAUCUGGGAUGUUUCUAAAGAGGAUGGAGUUCCUCUGAAACGUGUCGGUGGAGGUGGCGUAUGUUUUAUACGUUGGUCAUCUUGUGGUUUACGAUUAUUCUCUGCUUCAUGUAGAAACAUUUUCAGAGUUUGGAAUACGGAUGUUUCGACACCAUGGCACGCGGAAAGGUGGACUGUACCUCAAGGUCGUGUAGCAACUGCAUGCUUUGGUCCUAACUUGACAUUACUUUUUGCUACUACCGGCGAUCCUGCGACAAUAUUUUCACUGCCAUUGCAAGAUAAUAUAUUUGAAAAAACAACCACUAACGAUGUAAAGAUAGCUAUGCGUCUAAUCGAUUUAACAAAAGUAAAUUUUUCAUCGGAUGAUGACGAUGAUUACAUCACAGUGGGAGGUAGAAUAGUUUCUAUGGAAUGGGAUCCAACGGGGAAAUAUCUUGCUAUUCUUUUCCAAGAUAGUCCAGUUAUUGCUCUGAUUAAAACAAACCUAAAUAAUUUAUCACGGAUAGUGGAAGCGCAGCCAAGUUGCCUCAUCAAAGGAUUUCCUGGAGAAGUACCAAAUUGUAUUGACUUCUACCAGAAACGUUCAUCGUGGGUCUGUUUAACAAUAGCUUGGAGCAGUGGACGCGUGCAGCAUUUCCCGAUUGUAGAAAAUGAAUCUAAAGUUGAUACUACCACGUAUUCCACGCCGUUACCUCAAGUGAGAACAAGUAGAUUGUACAGUUUUGAUUAUAAGCAAUAUUAAUAAUAAUAAGUUGUUAUUGUAAUAACGAGAAAAUAACGAUAGGGCAAUUUUGUAUAAUUUUUCUAUCUCCAUUUGUAAAUGAUAGCAUAGUAAUUGAAGAAAGAUUUAAUAAAUUCAUUUGCAAGAGAA